AGUUGAGCUGACUAUUUUUACAGCUUUACAACGUCCUAUAGCUUCUUUCGGUCCUGUACAGUAGCUCCCACCCCCCCACUCAUGCAGCCUGUCAGAAUGCUCUCCACGGUACAUCUGUAGAAGUUUUAGUUGACAUACCAAAUCCCUUCAAACUCCUAAUGAAGUUUUUUCGCUGUCUUGCCUUCUUUAUAGCUGCAUCGAUAUGUUGGGACCAGGUUAGAUCCUCAGAGAUACUGACACCCAGGAACUUGAAAUUUCUCACUCUUGCUCCUGUUCCCUCUUUGUGAAGUCAACAGUCAGCUCUUUGGUCUCGUUGACGAGGUUGUUGCUGUGACACCACUCAACUAGCUGGUAUACCUCGCUCCUGUACGCCCUCUUGUCUCCAUCUGAGACCCUGCCAACACAACAUACACUUUCUUAACCUCCCUAUUCACUUGCAGGCAGCGUCAAGUGAUCCUACAAUCCCUCUGUUCCUCCACAUUGCUAGAAAGUCUGCCGCUAGCCCCGUUUUCCACCUCCAAGUCUGACCGUGCAAAGUGAAUCACCUCACACUUUCCCCGCACUGAACUGCAUCUGCCACGUCUCAGCCCAGCUUUGUCUAUCAAAUCCCGUUGUAACUUACAACCACGACACCACCAGCCAGGACGGUAGAACCUUGUGUGCAGGGGAAUCGCAAGGAGCUGGGUGCUUAAGGCAGCCAUGAAGUAAGAAACUCAGCUGAGGAAAAGGAAGACUUUUCCUGGACCCAGUACGCAGGAAAAGAGAGGAACACCAUGUAAACAAGCACAGAAUUCGGAGCCGAAUUGAGUCCAUCCCUGGAGUAGGCCCAAAGCCUGGGUCUCAGUUCAUCAGAUUAGUGGGGCAAUCGCUGCAGAACCCACAGACACGAGGCACAGCAGCCAGGGGAGUCUCACGGCCUCAGCACGAACUCGGCCCGACCCUCACCCCCGGUCCCGACACCCUCCUUUUCCAGUCAUUUAAAUCGUCAGUUUCAAAAUAACAAAAAAGGAAAAGGGCCUGAAGCAAAAGUUUGGGCACCCUGCAUGGCUUCAAGCAUGGCCGAGCCCCGCAGGAGGCGGAUGGAGGAGGAUGAGGAAGAAGAGGAGGCAGAGGUGGAGGAGGUCCCGGGAGGCUUCACCAUCCGGCCCUGCCAGCGCAGCGACUUCGAGGCAGUACGGCGGCUGUACCGGGAGGCGGCAGCCGAGCAGGUGGGGACGGCCUUCCGCCAGGCUCUGCGGCGGCCCGCAGUCCGGACCCUGCUGAGCCUCUGCGCCGCCCUGCCCUGCCUGGGCCUGUGGCUGGGCCUGGGGCCCGGGCUUUGGGCCGCUGCCACCCUGGCGGGCCCAGCGCUGGCCGCCGCCUCCCUCUACGGGGCCUGCCUGCGUUUCGGCCGGGCCUCGGCCGCUGGACCGCUGCGGGAAGACCUGGCCGACAUUGACGGCUACUUCCUGCGGCCCCGCGACGCCGGCCUCUGGGUGGCUGAGGUGGGUCGGGCCGGCCCGCCGGUGGGGAUGGUGGCGGUCAUGGCCGAGACCGACGGCCCGGCCGGCAGCUGCGAGCUGUGUCGGUUGGCCGUGGCCCCAGGGCUGCGGCGCCGCGGGCUGGGCUGGGCCCUCUUCAGCCGGGCGCUGCGCUUUGCCCGGGCCCGCGGCUACCGCCUCUGCCUCAUCUACACCUCAUCGGCAAACCCGGCCGCCCUGCCCCUGUACAAGGCGGCCGGUUUCCACCUGCACCGGGCCUACCCCCCGCCUGAGGUCGGGCCCCUGGUCCAACUCCUCUGCCAAGUCACUGACUACGUGCUGACCCUCCGCCUCUCAGACACCCACCCUAGGGUAGAGUGCACGGCGGGGCUCGGGGCCUACAAUGGAGGGAUGCAGGAUGCCCGUUAGAGCACUGUGCGAUUGUCCAAUGAGGCUGAGUAGGAAAUAUCUGGUGGUCCCUCAUUGAAUUACACCCCAUAGCGGGUAUUGAGGAACGUGCAAACAGGGAAUAGGACAUUCCCUCAAUGGCUGGUGUUCAGGAAUGGCCCAGCAGUGCGGGGACUGAUCUGCUGUUUAUCAGUGCAGAGUAUUGAGGGACAAUUCCUCAGUGGAGUUGAUUGAUGCGCCCUUUUGAAGCUGGGGAGGGGAAUUCAGGAAUGAUCCACUGUAGGGAUAGGGGAUUGAGGGACGGUCCCUUCUUGUUAAGGGAGGGAUAAAAGGACUGAGCAAUUGGGGGACAGUCCCUCAAUGGUGGUAAUCAGUCCAUCGGUGUGGGGGAUUGAGAGGUGGUCCCUUGGCUGAAUUGAUUGACCGUCCCUCAAUGGGGUUACUGAAGGACAGUCCCUCAGUGGCAUGAAAGGAUUGCCCAGGCCCCUACUCUGUCCCUGUCUCAUCCUGGGAUCAUAUCGGGCAGGAGGGUGAUGGGAGUGUGAGAGGGGACAGGGGAGGGGACUGAUGAUGGGCAGCACCUCUCUAUCCCGCACAGACGGUGGAGAGCUCGAUAGGGCACAGGGUCCACAUCGUGCAUUCUGUUGUCGAGCACCCUUCCACUACGUUGUAUAACAGACAAUAAUUAGCUCAGAGUGGAUGAAGCAUAGGUGUGUUUACUCGCUGUGGGGGAAGACUGUCACCACACAACAGUCGGGGAUGGCUUCCGGGAAACGGGCAGCAGAGUCACUACUUUAUACACAAGUCUUAUCGACCUGUGCUAGUUCAAGGAAAGGGUGCAUUUUGGUUUGUCUGAUUAAUCAGUGUAGCUGACCGAAUCCACGUGUCUUUCUGCAGUUUGUCAGACACUCAGGGUUCAUUGACAUCCUGUUGCACAAACACUAUAUGCAAAGCACGCUGGAACAGGACAGGUUCAACUUUGCUACAGACAAAAAUGCCAUUUUGUUACUCCAAGUAAAAUACACUUCCACAUCUACGGCAGAUUGUAAACUGAUGUACAAAUAAAGGUGCUGGGAACAGCAGGUGAACACAGA